AUGUUCGACCCGUCGCCCCCGACCCCCGACUGCCCCUUUUGUGCCAUCGCAGCCGCCCACCAGCCCUACGACCCCCUCCGCCCGCCGCCCUCGAUCCCCGGCGACCUCACCAGCCCGCCGUCCUUCGUGGUGCUCUCGACGCCCCUCGUCGUCGCCUUCCUCGACAUCAUGCCCCUGUCCCGGGGCCACCUGCUGCUCUGCCCGCGCGAACACCGGCCCAAGCUGACCGACACGACGCGCCGCGAGUCGCGCGCCCUGGGCCACCACGUGCGCGUUCUCUCGGCCGCGCUCGCCGCCGCCACGGGCGUGCACGACUGGAACGUGGUGCAGAACAACGGCGCCGCCGCCGCCCAGGUCGUGCCCCAUGUGCACUACCACGUCAUUCCGCGCCCGGAGAUUCGCGCCAGCGGCCGGGUGAGCGAGAGCUUCACCAUGUUUGGGAGGGGGCAGCGCGCUGAGCUGGACGACGACGAGGCCGCGGCUUUGGCGGCGGGGAUACGGGCCGAGGUGGCGAGGGUGCUGGCCGACGAGGGGGAUGGUGAAGAUGAGAUUGGGAGGAAGGCCAAGUUGUAG